CAAUCAGGACCAACGAGUCUACAAGUCAUGUGCUGGACUUAGGCGUUCCCAUAAUCUGAAAACAACAAUUGCACGACACACCGGCAUCAAGACUAUCACGGCAACAGUCAACCAGAUCGCUAGAACUUUUCAGACCCAGCAAAGGCAUUAAUCAUGAGUAACAAGCGUGGAUUGCUUGAGCGUCUAGAUGCUGGAGAGGUAGUCAUAGGAGAUGGAGGAUUUGUGUUUGCCCUUGAGAAGCGUGGUUAUGUUAAAGCUGGGCCUUGGACACCAGAAGCAUGUGUAGAACAUCCAGAGGCAGUUAAACAACUUCAUAGAGAGUUUUUGCGGGCUGGUUCAGAUGUUAUGCAAGCAUUUACUUUCUAUGCCUCUGAUGACAAGUUGAGCAACCGAGGAAACAAGGCUGGUAGUUAUGGGUGUGCAGAAAUCAACAAGGCUGCAUGUCGAAUUGCAAGAGAAGUUGCCAGUGAAGGUGGUGCUCUUGUGCUUGGUGGGGUAUGUCAGACUCCUUCGUAUCUUAGUGGACUAGGAAAAGCGGUUGUGCAAGCAGAAUUCAAGAAACAGUCAGAUGCAUUUGUGGAACUUGGUGUAGACUUUUUGCUUGCAGAAUACUUUGAGCACAUUGAAGAAAUGGAAUGGGCUAUUGAGGUGUUAAAAGCAACAGGACUUCCUGUAGCAUCAUCAAUGUGCAUAGGGCCAGAGGGUGACCUUCAUGGUGUGUCCACUGCAACUUGUGGAGUAAGGAUGGCACAAGCUGGUUCUGAUGUUGUGGGAAUCAAUUGUCAUUUUGACCCUGAUGUAGCACUUGCUGCUGUUGCAGAAAUGAAGAAGGGACUUGAUGCUGCAGGCAUCAAGAAGCAUUUAAUUGUCCAACCUUUAGGGUUUAAGACACCAGAUGUUAAUACACAAGGAUUCAUUGAUUUGCCAGAAUUUCCUUUCGCACUUGAACCAAGGAUUUGCACAAGAUGGGAUAUGCACAAAUAUGCUAGAGAUGCCUAUGAACUGGGAGUCAGGUACAUUGGAGGAUGCUGUGGCUUUGAACCUUACCACAUCAGGGCUUUAUCUGAAGAGCUUUCUAAGGAAAGAGGUAAGCUCCCAGAAGGAACAGAAAAGCAUGCCAUGUGGGGUGGUGGACUUCUCAUGCACACUAAACCGUGGGUCAGACAGAGAGCUAAGAAGGAGUACUGGCAGAACAUAAAGCCUGCAAGUGGUAGACCGUUUUGCCCUUCUAUGUCAAAGCCAGAUGCUUGGGGUGUGACAGCUGGUCAUAAACAUUUGGCACAGAAAAAGGAAGAAACCACUGAAAAUGAAUUGAAGGCUGAAAGCAAAGAACUUGUUGGUCACUGAAAACUAAGCAUUUUAUCACAAAGAUAGUUUUUUAAUAACUGAAAUCAAUGAAACCACUGUAGAUUUAUUUUGACUUAAAGAAACAAGCAAA